UGCCGAGUGUUUGCGCUGUGUUUGCUCCGCCUGGGCGGCCUAGAAUCAGCCUCGUACUAAAAUUCCGGUGCGACAUCGACUUGUGAAUGACCCCACGUCAAGUGCAUUUGAGCAUUUACAAUAGCAACUACUGUCCGCUGUUUAGGCUACGGUUGGAUACGAGUAUUACACAUCAACUAUACGUAUUAAAUCCGGCAUUGACAACCGGUCUCACACCUCGCGAUUCUGCGCCACAACAGCAAAACGACCGCAGCCAUGGAUUUUGCAUCCCUAAUGUCGAAGGAGAUCUCGAAGGCCAAGGCCCCCGCCAGCACGACCUCCGAAGGCAAGAAAUAUAAGAAGCGCGCCGAUGAGGAAGCCGAGCGGCAAGCGGCAUAUGCAGCGCACCAGGAGAAGCUAGAGAAGGAGCGCAUGGCGCGAGAGACGCAGAAGCGGAAGCGCGAGGAGGAAGAGGCGGAGGCGAAGGAGGAGCGAGAGGAAAAGCGGAGGAGACUAGCAGAAGAGAGCAAGGUGAGGAGGGAGAAGGAAGAGAAGGAGGAGGAGGCGAGGAGGCGGAAGAGAGUGGGUUUGCCAGAGCUGGUGGAGAAGGAGAAAGUGGAGGCGGUGGACGAUGAUGAUAUUGUGGAGGACGAGGUGGUGAAGUUGUUGGAGGAGAUUGGAGAGCCUACGAGCUUGCCUGGGGAAAAUCACAGACAGAAGGUUAGGCGGUAUAGGAGGGUUACGACUGUGAUGACGACGGGGCCGAUACCGACGAGUUUGAAGCUGGUGGACGAGAAGGAUAUGAAGGUUGACAAGAUGCCGCCACCAGAGGAUGUGGAGGCGACGAAGUGGUUGUACAGGCAGCUGGCAAGCUACUUUACGAUGGUGCUUAAGGAGUGGGAGGAUGCCCUGUUGAGGGAGGACAAGAGGGAUACGUUUGCUAGCAAGGCGGCGUAUAACGCCAUGGCGCAGAGCAAGCAGAACAUGACGCCGCUGUUCCGGAAGUUUGAGAAAGGUGAUCUCGAUGUAGGCAUCCUCGAGCCAGUCGUUGAGAUUGUCAAAGCGGCACAGGAACGCAGAUACGUGGACGCCAACGACGGGUAUCUCACCCUUAGUAUCGGCAAAGCAGCCUGGCCUAUCGGUGUCACCAUGGUGGGUAUCCACGAGCGGUCAGCGCGCGAGAAGCUGCACGAGAGCGAUAAGGGCCAUGUCAUGGGCGACGAGGUGACACGCAAAUUCCUGCAGAGCAUCAAGCGCUGUCUGAGCUUUGCGCAGGUCAGGUGGCCACCGGAGGACGUCAGGCAGCUGAUGGGCUAGAUGGUUGGAAACGGACGUGCUUGAACAGGAACAAGGGUAGCCUUUUGCUAAUCCAACACUCCCCGUCAAUAUGUCGAGACUGUUGAUGGUGACAUCCGCUUAUCCGAGGAGGCUGGUUCGCUGGUUUCAAAGGCAGGAGCUCACGAUGCAAGCGCCCGCAGUUCAUGCGAGAGUGCCGGCAGAUGGAUGGGAAUGAAAAUAUAUUACACUACGACCCGCUUUGGCUGGAUUCCUUCAUCUGGAUGAAGCCGUUGAUCUCAGCCCUCAUAUAUGUGCUUUUCGGCGGCGGGUUUAUUAUUUAGCCGCUAUGAUAGGCAAUGGAGGGGGGUGGUCGUCGUGGGGGUUCCGGUGGCGUACGAUUGGUGCUUUAACCAUACCCCGCGUCGGAUCUCUUCAAUCCAACAUUUGUUAUAAGCAAUGCCACUUAGCCCAUAAAUAGCCUCUUCAAGUCCAAUCAUCAGUGGUGUGUUUUUUAACCUUGGCAAGUCUAAGCAACGAGAAUAUCAUUUUCCUUGAAGUAAACGGAUCUGAGCUCCAUUUCGAUACCCUACAGCUAUGGCUGUCAAGAAAUCGAUCGUCAGCAACGACGGGCCGCAUAACCCGGAUUCAAGUGGGUCAUCUACAGAUCCCGAACACAGUCUCCCUCGAGGAUGGGAGCGAGCAACAACGCCCGACGGAAGAGUCUACUAUAUAGAUCACAAUACGCACACUACAAACUGGUACCAUCCACUAAGUCAGAAUUAUAUAGAGCAGGGUGUGAGGGAAAUACCAGAGGGAGGACCACUGCCGUCAGGUUGGGAAGCAAAGCGCAAGAGGGGUGGAGGACCGUUAUAUUUCAUAGAUCAUAACACGAAAACCACCACCUGGGAUGAUCCGCGCCGAUAGCCUGGGGAUAAAUAAACGCCAAUGAUCAAGGAGCGAGCUUGCUCGUUGCUGACGUGGGGUCAAUUUUAAUGGUAUCUGAUCCAAGUAGAACCUCCGCAUAAGAAUGGGCUCGGGACCGGGGAUAGGCAUUCAUAUCUUUAUAAACACGCGCGAUUGUACAAUAAUAUGGG